CUUCUGGAGGCUGGGAAGUCCGAGGUCGAGGGAUCUCCAUUUGGUGGGGGCCUGUUUCCUGUGUCAUCCCAUGUAAGAAGGGGAAGAGCAAAGAAUAAGCACAUGAGAGAGGAGGAAAGGAGGCCACACUCGUCCUUUUAUCGGGAGCCACUCCCGUGUUCAUGGCUUUAAUCCAGUAAAGAGAGCAGAGCCCUCGUGACCUAAUCCUUGUAAAGAUCCACCUGUCAGCACUGCUGCAUUGGACAUUAAGUCGCCAACAUGUGAACUGUAGGGGACACACGCACCACAGCAGGUGGGGGCAUCGUGGCAGGACACCUCAAAUGCUGCAUCUCCCUCUCCCGUAGGUUCUUCAGGUAUAUCUAGCGGAGAGUGAGGAGCUGGGCUUUGGCCCACAACCAAUCCAGGCACCCUUCAUGCCUCCCUGAAUACCUGCUAUAACCUCGCAGUCAGCGUCCCUGUCCCAGCUGCUUCCCAACAUACCUGCCGGUGGUCCGACCCUGUCCCUGGGCCACAGAUCUGACCAUUAAUGCUGCACCCCAGAACCACGGGUAGCCACAAGAUCAAGGCUGAGUUCCAUGUGAGGGAAGCAGCACUGAAUUCAGACAGAACUCACUUCAAAUACCAGCUCUACUCUUCCUGAGCAUGCUAACCCGCGGCUUCCUAGUGUGUACAAUGGGAACGAUUAGUGGCGAUGAGGUUCUCAAGAACUUAACAAUUUCCUAGGUGGUCAGGGCUCUGCUCCGGCCCCGCCCCUCUUCCCCUCUGCAGCCACCCUAGGCCCACAAGCCACUGCCUCAUCCAGGCCGUCAGAUCCAAUGCCCAUAUCUGGGACUUGUCCUGAAAUAUGUGAAGUCAUAUCUGAUCCAGGCUCUUGGCCCACUUCUCCCAGUCGUUUCCCGUCAGGAAAGUCUUUAAGGCUCCAUACCACCUCAGCUACAGCACAUUGAUUGGCCCAGCUGCCGGGUCCGGCGCUCGCCAUCGCUCAUGUGUGGAUCACCCCAAAGUGGAAAACAGGACAGCUGGCCCUGCUAUGCCUCUUCAAGGGAAGGACCGCUGCCUCUGUGCUCAGCUGGACACAGCUCUGCUUCCUCCACCUUCUGCCUUUCCCCGGUGCUCACUCUGCCCCGACCCUCUGCUCCUUCUCCCCAAGGCCCUGCUUCCCUGAGCAGAAUGCAGGAGAAGGACUCUCAGAGGGCACCUUGGCCGGGUUCCCCACAUGUUACGUAUUCUCAGGACUUUCAAGGAAGCCUAGAGGAGGCGGGAAGCUGAUCCACGCACGUGUCUCCCUAGCUGCUCCUAUAAAAGUCAGAGGGAGGAGGUUGGGGUGCUUUGCAAGGAAGUAGCUCUCUCCUCCUGCACCCCAACUCUGAGCCCUGAGCUGCCACUCCUCCCUCCAGGCCAUGGCAGGCCCUGUGACCACUGCAGCCGGCCUCCUGCUCCUGGUCCUUUGUGCUCACUGCAUCGUGCCCACAGACUCCGUGGGCAUCCCCUUUUCCUGCUGCAUAACCUUUGUUCCCAAGAAAAUCCCUGAGGACUGGGUGGCAAGUUACCAGUUGUCCAGCAGGAGCGUCUGUCUCAAGGCGGGGGUGAUCUUCACCACCAAGAAGGGCCUGCAGUUCUGUGGCGACCCCCAGCAGCCGUGGGUGCAGAAGUACAUGAGGAAGUUGGACGCCAAGCGAAAGCGGCCUUCCCCGGGGGUCCGGGCUGUGGGUGGAAAUGUCCCCACGCUGAGACGCCACGGUAACAGCACCACGCUCUGAACGCUGCCUGCCCUCUUGCCCUUUGCAUGGCGCCUUGGGUCGGGGAGAGUUGGAGGAAAAGGGCAAGCGCUGAUGUUCCCGUUGUGAGCUUCACUCUCAGGGAAUCUGUCCAGUCUGUGAAAACCCUCAGGGAACUGGCUGCUUCCCCUGGGACAGAAAGGGCAGGGGCAAGGCCUUUGCCUCUCCCUCACAGCCCUGAUUCUGAGUCCCCAGCGCCUGCACACAGCUUACCUGCACUGCCGCUGACAGCUGGCUCCAAUGGCCCCUGGUGUGUUGCAGUGGGCCUGAGGCUGUCUGUCUGUCUGUCCUUUGGGAUGGCGACCUGUCCACAGCAGCAGCUCCCCAGCAUGGUGGGGGUGCUCCAGGCUGGUCCCACCUCCCACACUUGGAGGAAACAAAAACCCAACCAAAACGGGGGACUUCUUGGUAGCAUUCACAGCCGGAUCCUGGCCGUCCUCAGGCACCUCCCAAAUUUUCAGCAACUUGAACGAAGAAAAGGACAUGGAGGACCAGCAUGAGGGAGGGCCCAGCCUAGGGGGAUACACCUCUUUGUGAAGAUAGGGCUUUGAAGAGAUUUCUGCUUGGUGGCAGGGCUUGCUCCUGGCUUCUUUGAGUACAAAGAGCUGCUCUGCCUUUAAUCCCGUGUCACAGAGGGGAGAUGGGGUGAGAGCCGAGGGAGGCGAAAGGCUUCAAGUUUUUUUUUUCUAUGCAUGCGAUACAGUGGGAUUUGUUUGUCAAGAGUGUAGACACAGUCACUGUUCACAAGCAAGAAUCCAAGUAAAAUGUGAUGUCUUCUUUGAA